GGAGCAGCGCAGCCAGCUUCAAGGCAAAGUCGAGAACCUGGAACAGGUUCUAAAGCAUAUGCGCGAGACUGUCGAGGUGAAGCAUGAGCAGCCUUGGGCGGCCCUUCAAACCGAGCAGAAGGCCAUCCAGCAAUUGCAAAAGUCACAGGUCCAGAUUUGUGACCUGGAGGAGGCAUGCGGGUCACAGAGUGAACACUUCCAUCAGAUGCCCAAAGAGCUGCUGAAUUUCCGUUUACAACCCCAUCCUGUGGCGAUCCUCCUGAGUAAAGCCCCCUCCAAAUCCCACAAUCCCCUCUUGGCCGAGGAGCGGCUCCCAAAAGUCGUUGUCGGAUUUCAAAAACGGCCAGAAGCGGGCGAUGAGCGAGCGCCAAACGCGCCACCACUGAUCUCCCAGUUCUUGCAGUGCCCACGGCGGACUGGAGACAGCGAACGACCAGAUUGCCCGUCCGUCAGGUCCCGCACCCUCAAAUUGGACCGCGCCAGCUGCACUCGCUGGUUGACCCCGUCAGCGAUGGAGGAUGAACCAAGCCCAUCAUCCAGGUCCAAGCCUCGCUACACUGGCCAGGUCCGCCUUUGCACUGCCCGAUACAGUUAUAAUCCCUAUGAUGGACCAAACGAACACCCCGAAGCGGAGCUUCCGCUUGUGGCCGGGAAGUAUUUGUACGUGUACGGCAACAUGGAUGACGACGGUUUCUACGAAGGUGAGCUGCUGGAUGGCCAGCGAGGACUUGUCCCAUCAAACUUUGUAGAGUUUGUCCAGGACAAGGAGAAGCUGUCCAUUCAAGCUGGAGAUGGAGGAGAAGGUCUUGGUCCAAUGGAACAUACACCCCUAGCCUUGAUGUGCGUCGACGGAGGCGCUGGCCAGGAUGGUCUCCUAAGCUCGACGAAUGCCUUGGUGCCCUGUAGCAACGGGACGGUGGGGCCCCUGGACCCGGAGGACCUGGCCGAAGACGUUGUGCCUUAUCCUCGAAACAUCACUUUGAUCAAGCAGCUGGCUCGGAGCGUCAUCGUGGCCUGGGAGCCUCCCGUUGUGCCUUUGGGCUGGGGGAACAUCUCUGGCUACAAUGUUUUGGUGGACGGCGAACUCCGGGCCAGCAUACAGUUUGGCGGGCGUACCAAAUGCCUGCUGGAGAAACUGGACCUGGACGGCUGCGUUCACCGCGUGUCGGUACAGAGCGUCACCGACAGGGGCUUGUCGGACGAGCUGCGCUGCACCCUUUUAGUGGGAGCCAACGUGGUGGUGGCGCCUUGCGGUCUCCGGGUGGAUGACAUCCAGCGGGACACUGCCGAGCUCUCCUGGUUGCCUAGUAACAGUAACUAUGGUCACACAGUCUUCUUGGACGGAGUCGAGCAUGCAGUGUUAAAGCCGGGGAGGUAUAGACUCCGCUUCUUCAACCUAAAGCCGCUGACGGUGUACAAAGUGACGGUGGUGGCACAGCCUCACCAGGUGCCAUGGCAACUGCCUCUGGAGCAGAGGGAGAGGAAGGAAGCGGGAGUGGAAUUCUGCACUCAAGCUGCAGGUUCGACACCAUAUUGCAGAACAGGCCCUCCCUUGCCUCCGCAAGAUGUGCAGGUGCUCUGUGGGCAGGCUCCCGGGGUGCUACAGGUCCGCUGGAAGCCCCCACUUCUGUCUCCCACGGGCACGUCGAAUGGUGCCAAUGUCCUUGGCUACGCUGUCUGCACCAAAGGACAGAAGAUAGCGGAGGUGAUGUUCCCAAUGGCAGACUAUGUGACCGUGGAGCUGACGCGGAUACAGUGCCUGGAGGCCAGGGAGGUCAUAGUCAGGACGCUGUCCGCACAGGGGGAUUCCCAGGACUCUCACGUCGCCCUCAUUCCAAACAACCUGCUCGUGCCUCUACCUCCGCUCCCUCUGCCAGCGCCGAUGCACGCCCACCCCCACGCCCAGCCUCACCUCACGUCCCCUCACCACCCUCAUGCCGCCCCGCAACUUCCUGCCCCACCCCAAGCCCACGGCCAACCGCUCCCGCCCCACCCGCAUCCUCCACAUCCUCAACCCCACCCGAGGCUCCCCCACCCGAACCACAGUCGGCCGCCGCAUCCUCAUCCGCAGCCCCUGCGCCUCCCUCACGGACCCAGGCCCCAACACCGACUGCCUCUGCAGCCCCACGCCCAUCCCCACCCUGUACCUCAGAGACCAUUAAGUGCCAGAGACCUGGAUGCCAAAGAGCAAGCCGGCCACCACGGGGCCGCCGUCCCGCCCGGUUGGGACCUCGCACGUUCCCCUUCUACCCAACCGCCUGUACCCAUGCAGGGCCACACCCUGGAGCCCCCUCCCUCUGGAAAUCCACGUUCUCCCUCCCCUCAGAGGAUCCUGCCGCAGCCGCGAGGCACUCUCAUCCCAGACAACGUGGCCAAAGCCAUCGCCCGGGAAGCAGCGCAGAGGGUGGCGGCAGAGAGCGGCAAGGGGGACCGGAGACCCGUUAGCUACGGCGAACAGGGUCAGUCCUUUCGCCAGCAUCACUCCGAUGAAGAGGAGGAACACGAGGAAGGUUUCGCACGUCGCCGCCGAAGAGGCCCCUCAGUUGACGAGUUCCUCCGAGGCUCCGAGCUCGGAAGGCCGCCUCACUAUAGUCACAAUGAAGAGUAUCACAGCGAGAGCAGCCACGGCUCUGACCUGUCUGACAUCAUGGAAGAGGAUGAGGAGGAGCUGUACUCAGAGAUGCAGCUGGACGAGGCACGCCGACGCAACUCGCACAACACACCCAAGUUAAACACUCCCUCUAGAGGCCGCCAGGACCGGGAGAGCGGCCGACGGAUUCAUCACAGCGGCCCGCAGCCUCAGAGACGACCUCUCACGGUCCCUGCCAUCGAAGUAACCUCUGAGAAUAACAGUGAGGGAAACAUGUCGCCCACCGCCGAGGAGAAUAGCUAUGGCAGAGUAGCUCGGUUCGGGACCACGUCUUCCCGCAGGCGCGGGGGGUGCGGCGGCGGGUCUCCCCAUGACGGCUACAGGGAUCGUCACUCUCCCACCUUCUUCGAUGAAUCGGAGGCGGAGGAGACCUUUCGGGUAUUUGUGGCGCUCUUUGACUACGACCCUCUAUCCAUGUCCCCCAAUCCGGACGCCGCCGAUGAGGAGUUGCCCUUCAAGGAGGGGCAGAUCAUCAGGAUAUAUGGCGACAAAGACACAGACGGCUUCUACAGGGGGGAAGUGAGGGGCAGGAUGGGUCUGAUCCCGUGUAACAUGGUGUCCGAGAUACGAGCGGAGGAUGACGAAACCAUGGACCAGCUCAUCAAACAGGGCUUCCUGCCUCUCAGUACCCCAGUGGACCGAUUAGAGCAGAAUAAAAGAGGUCUUCGUCGAGGUGAGGCCUCCAGGAGGAUGGUGGCUUUGUACGACUACGACCCUCGAGAGAGCUCCCCCAAUGUUGACGUUGAGGCGGAGCUGACCUUCUGCACCGGUGACAUCAUUGCAGUGUUUGGUGAUAUUGAUGAAGAUGGCUUCUAUUAUGGCGAGAUCAACGGUCACCGCGGUCUGGUUCCCUCUAACUUCCUGGAAGAAGUGCCUGACGACGUGGAGGUGUAUCUGACCGAUACGCCCUCCCGCUUCCCCCCCGAGGAGCCCGCCGAGCGGCUCUCCGCCGACUCGUCCGCCGCCGCCGUCCCGGAGGCCAAACGGAUCGCCAUGGAAACCAUCGCGGACAACGACGCCACGCCCGCCCGCGCCCCCUCCCCGAUCGUCCGCCCCCUGCUGCCGGGCACCAUGAGGCCCCUCAGCCCCACAAGGGGGCUCCCCGGCCUGGCCCUGGAACCCCGCGACCCUCAAGAUUUAGCCAACAAGAAGAAGAAAGGACUCCUCUCCAAGGGGAAGAAGUUGCUGAAACGACUGUCCCCCGCCAAAUAAUAAUAAUAAUAAUAAUAAUAAUAAUUUUUUUAAAAAGCCGACGUGUAUAGUGUAGCAACUUUCUCCAGGACUGUACAAGCCUGACUGAGUGUCUAUGUGAUCCAAAUCGUGGACGUUCUGUAUAGUGCCAAAAUUGAGACACAAGCCACCACAAAAAAAACCCCAAAACAAAACAAAAAAAACAUAAAAAACAAAACAUUACUGUAAUGUAUUGGAAACCAAGCGAUUGCUUUCAUGAUGUGUAUUUCAAACUAUACUCGCAGAAAUAAUGACAUACUUUCAUGCAGGGUACCUGGUUAAAAAAAAAGUGGUUACAGAAAUGAAGUUUUGGGUGAGAACAGUUUGGAAAAAAAAACAGCGUAAGUGACACAGACUUUCUUUAGUGCAAUAUUGGAUGUGGGUUGAAAUCAUCGAGCGUGGACGCAAAAAAAAAAAAAAAAAAAAAGAGAGCUUUCGGCGAACCGGGCGAGCCUCUCAGUGGCCUUUUUUUAUCAAAACAGUGUGAAUUUCUCAGUUUGAGUUGAUCGUUCAUCCUUAAAAGCCAAAUCGUAGCACUUUGCUCCACAUUUAGCGGCGCGGUGACAUCCCUUUUUUAUCGCUUGGCCUCAAUACACCACCACAUCUCCGCUUUAACGUCCACUUUUGGGGGCUUUUACAAAAAAAAAAAAAAAUGCUGCCAUUUUAAAACGGAAUACACCGUUAACGUUAUUUAAAUCUUUCAACUGCGGACGCGUGGGUGAAUUUUCACGGGCUGGAAGAGGUCAUUUCAUUUGGGGUCGUCACCCCUUUUUGUCCGUUUGCCGUUUCCUUUAAAGUGCUACAGCGUUUUUCUGAAUGCGAGGGGAGAAUCCAUCAUCUUCAUGUCCAUUAUCGAAGCUUCCCAUUAUCCUGAUAAAAUUGACCUUGUUUUUUUUUCUGUCGAAAGAUCCAACCCCUUAAAAAAAAUGAAUAAGAUAAAAAAUGAACAUUUUUUUCUUCAAUUUUUAAAUAUUAUAUACCGUUGUAUUUCCAUUCAUACGAGUCAAAAUAUGACUACAAAAGCCCAUUUCAGCACUUCUUUUAUUCAACUUUAUGUUAAAUAUUUAUCUGCCUUUUGAGCUCAAAGACCACACAAACGGAAAAUAAUUAAAUUCCUUGACGGGCAGCACCGUGUUGGACAAAAAUCCUAAAAUUAGGACUUUGUCAGAGGCAUGGCCAAGCCACUGUCGGCGGCGGUGCUUCCUGUGAGGGGCAUGGCCAGGCCACUGCCCUGGGCGGUACCACCUCUGACAGCUGUCACACACCUGGGUUACACUUUGGAGCAUUCCUUUGUCACAGCGAGCCUGAGCCUCCUUAGUUUGACCACGUCUUGUCCAUGUUGUUAAGUGGACCUUGUGCACGUUUUUGGGUCUUCCCUGUUGCCUAGCGUGUUUGCGCUUCCACCUGUUUUGGACUGCCUUUGCAUGUUCAACCUCCUUCUGGAAUAAAACCACUCUUUAUAUCAUGCCCUCGCCUCGGAGUCCUGCAUUUGGGUCUGCCCCAUUGACGCUGGCCCAUGACAGAACAAACUGGCCAAUACUGAUGACACAUUCACCGCUUAAAUGCUUGAUCAAUUAGUGUCCAAUAUG